ACAUCGGACCUCCAUAGUCCACAACUUCACAUGUAAGAAGAGAAACGUUCCAACAUGCCUGGACAAAUUUAAACAAUUUUUUUUUUUUAAAAAAAAAACAGAAAAAUCAGCUGCUCAAACACACAGACACACACUGGGUAGUUGAAAUUUCUCGCAAAAUCCCCCAUUUCGUAACUCUCACACACUCGGUUAGGAGAGAGAAACCAUCGAAACCUAACAUUCCGCGCGUUGAAUUGGAUCAUCAAACUCCCUAUUUCCCCCCAAAUUUGCUGUUCUUUCUUCGAUUUAAUCGCCUUUUUGCUCUAAUCAUCUUUUCGGCAUUGUUAGAUUGAUCUUCAUGUUUUUGCUGAUCAAUUUCUGAGGGUUUUGAUUACGAGAAAAUUGCAUGAAUUUUUCAGCAUUUUGCGAUUUUUUUUUAUUCCGUUAAGUUCAAAGAUGAUGAGUAUUGAAUUUGAAGUGAGGAAUUGAUUGGAAUGAUAAAUUAGGAGUGAGAAAUGAGUUCGCAGAGGCAGUUGGUGACUGCUCGUGACUUGGUGGAAGAAGCUAAGAAGCGAAUCGUCAUUCUUUCAAUAUGUGUUGUGGGUCUUUCCUAUCUCAUGUCCUUGACAAGCACCUCAGUUUGGUGGAAUCUGCCUGCUGCGGCCGUCCUAAUCAUAAUCUUCCGCUAUUUUUCCUUGGAUUUUGAGACGCGGAGAAAAGAGGCAGCUUAUAAUAGCAGGAACUCUGGAAAGAUUACAAUUCAGGAGAAGCCUCUUGAUGUACCUAAAACUUUGGUUAAGAAGGAUCAAUGGAGAAGCAAAGUCAAUUCCCCUCCUGUCGAGGAUGCAAUUGACCAGUUGACUAGACAUAUAGUUUCUGAAUGGGUCACAGAUCUCUGGUAUUCCAAAUUAACCCCUGAUGGGGAUGGACCAGAGGAACUUGUGCAAUUAAUGAAUGGCGUUUUGGGAGAAAUUGCGUAUCGUAUGAAACAUAUUAAUCUCAUUGAUCUGCUGAUGAGGGAUGUAAUUCAUCUGAUAUGCAAGCAUCUGGAGCUUUUUCGUAUAUGUCAAGCAAAGAUUAAGAAGAACUUGGCAUCACUUUCUUUUGAUCAGCGGGAUAUGGAGCUGAAAAUAGUCCUGGGUUCUGAGAAUAAAUUACACCCACUUCUAUUCUCUAUUGAGUCAGAACAUAAGGUUUUGCAGCACAUAAUGGAUGGUCUUUUAUCUCUUACUUUCAAACCUGAGGAUCUGCAGUGUUCUUUCUUCCGCUAUGUUUCUAGAGAGCUUCUUGCUUGUGCAGUAAUUCGACCAGUGUUGAACUUGGCCAACCCAAGGUUCAUUAAUGAAAGAAUUGAACAAGUAGUGAUAUCUGCGAGGAAGAAAAAUGGAGAAGCUGCAACAACAAAUAAUUCCUCGCUAUUAAAGCAAAAUGGAGGUAAUUCUGAUCACUUUUCUCCGUUUCCAGAUCCCUCUGUCUCGGGUGUUGAACUUGUUGAGCUUAAGAGCAUUCAGUCCAAAAGUUCUAUGGAUAAGCUCGGCAAAGAGAAGGUGGACAGCGAAGACGCGUCUAAGGAUCCUUUACUGUUAGUUGAUACUCGGUCUACUCGUUCUUGGAGUUCUCUGCCCUUUGGCUCUGCAGCUGCUGCUGGUAGUCACAUUGAUCGCUCAGCCUCUGGAGGUGAAUGGGGUGAUAUGUUGGAUUAUUUUUCUCGCAAGAAGAAACAGACUCUUGCUCCUGAAAAUUUUGAAAAUAUGUGGUCAAAAGGGAGAGAUUACAAUGGCAAAGACACUCAAAUAACGAAUCAUGUUCAUCCAGGUUCUUCAAUUAAGAGGUCUGAUGCAGUUAAUUCUUCGAAAGUCUUUGCAAAACAGAAGGAAAGACACAAUAUUGCUUCUGCAGAGAGAGGUGUUAUUCUUCCUGGUUCAAAUGUGAGGCCUCAGUCUGAAACAAUGUACAUCAGUGCUGAUAGUAACAUGUCGACUCCACCUCCACUUACAUCCGAUGAAGAUGAUGAGGAGCAAAAACUCAUGGAGACAGAAUUGUUAAGCAGUAGUCAAAGUUCCUCAGGUGAUGAAGAAGAUAGAGUUACAGGUCUAGAUUCUCCAACCACCAAAGUAUGGGAUGGUAGAACUAAUAGGAGUUCUGGUGUCUCUCAUAUCCGCCAUCCACUUGAGGGCUUAGAGGGAAAGAAGGGGAAGAAGGGUAACAGAGGGCAGUAUCAAAAAUUGCAUAGACAACAAAGUGGUCGGAAAAGGUCUAGAUUAGGCAGUCAAAAGGUGCCAUUGUGGCAAGAGGUUGAGAGGACAAACUUCUUGCCGGGAGAUGGAAAAGAUGUACACCCUUUGAAACCAAAUGUGAAAGACGAUGACUCUAGUGAUGAUUAUGACAUGGAGAUUGUGGGUAGACUUCAGAGUGGAACUACUGCUUCUUCAUCUGCUUCAUCGUUGCCCGGAAGCUUUACGUCAACCGUUAACUCCCCUCAAACUGCGUUCUUAGACGACACAUUUUUCAAGCUGAGAUGUGAGGUCUUGGGUGCAAAUAUUGUCACAAGUAGCUCAAAAACCUUUGCUGUAUAUUCCAUAUCGGUCAUAGAUGUUGAAAGAAACAGUUGGUCGAUUAAAAGAAGAUAUCGACAUUUUGAGGAGCUACAUCGACGUUUGAAGGAAUAUCCAGAGUAUAAUCUUCAUUUGCCGCCGAAACAUUUUCUGUCAACUGGCCUUGAUGUGCUCGUGAUUCAAGAACGCUGUCAAUUGCUUGGUCAAUAUCUGAAGAAGCUCAUGCAACUUCCAACUGUUUCAGGAUCGAUUGAUGUGUGGGACUUCCUAAGUAUUGACUCUCAGACGUACACAUUUUCCAGUGCCUUUUCCAUCAUUGAGACGUUUUCAGUUAAGCCACAUGACAGUAGUGCAAAUAUGUCCUCUCUUGGUGGCCCAAAGGUGAAUCACUUACAACCUAGGAGGGAUCAUGCAGAGUCUGAAAACAAAGAUCAAUCACCUCCAAAAAACCCUGUAAAAGAGGUUGGAAAACUUGCGGGAGAUUCCGAUAGCAGGAUACAAAGUAAUGGAAGAAAGGGGAAUGAAGGUGCCGUGCAGCAAAAUGUUGGAAAAGAAGGGGAUAUUGCUGAUGAUCCAACCUUUCCUAUGGAGUGGGUGCCACCAAACCUGAGUGGCCCCAUCUUAGAUUUGGUAGAUGUUGUGUUUCAGCUUCAGGAAGGAGCAUGGAUCAGGCGGAAGGCUUUUUGGGUUGCCAAACAAGUGUUGCAGUUAGGAAUGGGUGAUGCACUUGAUGAUUGGUUGGUUGAGAAGAUCCAGCGCCUACGCAAGGGAUCAGUAGUUGCUUCAGGGAUCAAGCGGGUUGAGCAGAUACUUUGGCCAGAUGGAAUAUUCAUCACAAAGCAUCCCAGUAGACAGAGACCACCUGCCUCUGGUAGCCCGUCUCAGAAGUCUUCUGAUGGCAAGAUUCCUGAUCAGUUAUCAUCACCAAAGGCAGAGAAUUUCGAGGAUAUUGCUGAGCUUCAAGAGGAGGAGGCUGAUAGACGUGCCAAAUUUGUCUAUGAGCUAAUGAUUGAUAACGCUCCUGCGGCUGUUGUAAGCAUUGUUGGUCAUAAGGAGUAUGAACAGUGUGCCAAGGAUCUGUACUACUUCCUUCAGUCAUCUGUGUGUCUGAAACAGCUUGUCAUGGAUCUCCUUCAACUUGUGCUUUUGCAUGCAUUCCCGGAGCUAGAUCAUGUUUUUAAGCAGCUAGAUGAAGAAAAACACAAGUUUGGAGAAUUCAAGGCCACUUGAUGUUUUUGCAAAACACGUUUAUGUAAAUUUGCUACCAAGAUGCCACACAAGAACAUAUUUAGCACGUUUCGAAAAUAUUUAGCAUAUCUACAAUUUGUGUAAUUCUUGACAGCAAAAAGUGAGUCCCAGUUCUUUCAUUCGUUGGACUGUUGAGUUCUGUAAAUUUUGAGGAUGUUUGAGACGAACCACAGAAUUUUCCAUUUGCAAUUUGCAAUUUGACCUUUACAAUGUAAGUGAAAGCCACUGAUUACAGCACUGAAUUGUGCUUGGUGAGUGUUAUGUAAAUUUUGAGAAAUGUUUCAGGCACA